CAGGUGACUCCAGCACCCGCUCAGCAGAAGACGGACAGCAAGGGUCAAGCAACGUUUGGUCAACCUACUGUGAGCGCAACCAAGUAGGUGGAAUAUCAACAUAAGUCUUCUUGUGCCCCUGUUCCUGCCUCUUACUUGAUACCUCUUACCUCAGCCCUUAAUGAACGUUAGUGUCAAAGAGAAGCGUUCUUUACUUUACACCAUUUCUUAGUUCUGCUACUCGGCAGUUUUAAUUCCUUCUUAACGGCGCCUCUAUUAGUGGGACCCCUAGAGUUGGUCCCUGCCUUUCCUUAGUCAUUUUAUUUGACUUCCUAUAAGAUAGAGACCUUCCUAAAACAGACACCUAGAGUUGGUCCCUGCCAUUCUUUAUUCAUUUUUUUUUUACCCUCUUUAAAACGCACACCUCCCUAAAACGUACACCAAACGUCGGUUUCUGCCAUUCUUUAGUCGUUUUCUUGGACUCUCUAUAAGAUGGACACCUCCCUAAAAUUCUUAAAGUUUGUCCCCGUCGUUCUUCAUUCAUUUUCUUUGAUUCUGUAGAAGACGGACACCUCCCUAAAACGGACACCUAGAGUUGGUCCCUGCAAUUCUUUAGUCGUUUUCUUUGAAUCUGUUUAAGACGGACACCUCCUUAAAAUGGACACCUAGAGUUGGUUAUUACCAUUCUUCGUUUAUUUCCUUUGACUCUAUAAGACGAACACCUCCCUAAAAAGGACACUAAAUGCCGGCAUGCACUUUGUGCCGAUCAAAAAGAUAUCCGUCGACUUUAUUAAGAGCCCCAACCUUGGCAUUUCUUAGGAACAACCUCUUCCUCGGUCAUAAUUUAAGUCUGUAAAAUAACUCGCGGAAACGUGUGUUUGAAAAUCAGGGGAAUGUAUGGAAUAAGAAUCAAAGCCCUGCUUGGAAGAACUGCAUUGGAUGCGCCUACGAUAAGCGUGAGGUAAGUUCUGUGAAGCAGGUUAACACACAUUUCACAAUCACUCACGGAUUUGGUCGAGAGCUCUGAUUUGUGAGAGUUUAGACCUCCGAAAUGGCGUCAAAAUGUUUAAAACUUUAGUGGAACUGCGAGUUGCACUCCAGUUGUUUCAUUGCAGCGUAUCAAAGAUUUUCACGUAAUCUCUGUGGUCUGUAAGAGUAAAGUCAAUGGAAAAUUGUUGUUUAUUCGCCAAAAUAUUCAAUAUUUUGUAUCAAUAAAGAUGUUGAGCGUGGCAUUUAAAGCAAAAGGAAACGGUAGAGAUCAAAUCGGCUAUUGAAUUCGCUUUUGGCAUUUUCGGAGAUAGCUAGUACAUCGCUUAGGAGUGAAUAUGUUACAUACGUUAGCGCUAGCGUUGGAAGAAGUCGGACGCGUCAAACCUACUUGCGAUCGCUUUUCUCAAGUUGGUGCUUUUGAUACUGUAAUUUCCUGUGGUACCUACCCGCUUUGACUAGCUGUAGCUAUUUGCGGGUAGCUACAUCUGCACUGUCGUAUUCUAAUGAUAAAGUUGUUGUUGUUGUUGUUAUAUGUUUUGCAUUUCAGAGUGGAGCCUGACCCAUCAAAGGCUGUAAAUCUUAACGUCACGUUUGAUUCUAAUGCGCCGUGUGUCGUUGGAGAGUUGUUACCAAGUAAGUGAGACCAUUAGAUUGACAGUAGUCUGGUAGGACUGUUGCGCAGGCAAGUGUAUCCCAAGCAAGCAAACGGGUUUCCAGUUUUGCCGUCAAAACUUGCGCUUUCCAUAGGCUGGAUUUCCGCCGCUAUCUCGGGUCCGGUCGAGGUCGCAAGCUCAUCAGGGAGCUUAAGCAACGACGACGGCGACGUCGACGAGAACGGCAUAAAACAAUAAGGUUUAGAUUGGUAAAACAACAACCUUGCGCGUGCGUCAGCCCUUUAGAAUUCAACUGCUGAAAAAUUAGCCAUCAUUUGACAAAUUAAAUAGUUGGGUUAAGAGCAAUGAAGUUUGAAACAGUACGAAUUCACUUUUUGGGUGACGUUUUCUCCGCCGUUGCUGUCGUCGUUGCUUAAGCUCCCUAGUUACCGAACAGCGACUGAUAAUCGAGUCUAGACUACGAGUAGUCCCCAUUUUUCCUCAGGGAUAGUAGAGCAAGCGAAACGCGAGCGCGCGUGAAAAUCACCCCACGCGAGAGAGGCGAGACGGGGCUACUGACGGGUUAAGACUGCAUUGCAGGUCAAAUACUUUGUCUAGUGACUCUGCAUUUUAACCAUUUAAUCCCCAAGAGUGACCAAGAUCCAUUUUUUCCUAACAAUAUCAACACAUAAUCAAGAGAAACGGUUAUGAGAAUUUAUAUAAUGAUCAAGUAAGGGAAAAUGCUUUGAUUUUUUCUCCACUUUCAGCAGCAUCUGACUGAUAUUAGCUAUAGGGAAUUCUCAUCCAAAACGGAAAGUGAUUUGCAAGGACUUGUUCGAUUAGCACCCUCUGGGAUUUCAGACCUACAGGGUGGCAAUUCUCCCAACUAAGUCUUAAGGGAAAUGUAUGGAGAUCAGUCUGGAGAAUUUUUGGGUGGAUAUCGAGGUUUAAUACAAUUGGCUAUGUCUUUCUAAGCAUUGCGCUCAGCAUUGUGUGACCAAAUUCCAGGUGUUUGGAGAUCUAUAGGAUUUUACUUUAACCUGAAUCUGAGUUCUACCAUACAAAUUCAACUUUAAAGCAGUUUGGCCACGCAAGGACAUUGACAUAUUGAACACUUUUACCUGAAAAUUUGAUUGACUCAUUCCUUGGGUGGGUGUUAGCAUAAGAGGUUCAGGUUGGGGGAUGUUUUGUCCCCCAAACAAACCUACAGUCCUGCGUUUCAGCUGUUUCAGCCCAUGUCGUCGGAGACGACGAGGCUGUAAUGAAAGCAGCAAGUGCUAAGGACAUAUUGUUGAAGAUAUGGCACUCUAAGGAUGGCCCAGUAUCAGACAAGCCUCCAGCCAGGGUAUGUUAUACUAGCCUGUUUUCUUUCACAUCACAUAGUAACUGGGUUUCACAAUACAUACACUGUAAGUGUCAAUAUUCUUAG